AUGAGCCUGGGGUUACGGUUCAGAGUCGCGGCUGUUAGAAAUGUGUUUCCUGCUGCGAGUCUUCAUGGAUUCACGGCCUGGCGGAAUCUCUGGAUAUGCAGUCAGAGAAAUCAUCCCAGGAGGCCUGUUGGCUCCAUGGGGGGCAGAAAUCUUCCCUUAGCUUCCUUGGGAUCUGGCUUCAUCCCCACAAGUGGAACUUCCCUGCAGAGGGAGCCUCUGGAAUGCCAUGGAGAGAUGGCAAUUGCCUGUGGAGCAAGAAGGAUCCAGGGGGCCAGACUGGUCUCCUUAUCCACUGCUGCCACGGGCAUCUUUGGGAUCAGCCGAGGAGGAGAUGGCAGUGGAAACCGGAAGCUCACCCUGCAGGACGUGGCAGAAUUAAUUCAGAAGAAGGAGUGUCACCGGAUGGUAGUGAUGGCUGGAGCUGGGAUCAGUACACCCAGCGGCAUCCCAGAUUUUAGGUCUCCUGGAAGUGGCCUGUACAGUAACCUUCAGCAGUACAACAUUCCCUAUCCAGAAGCCAUCUUUGAAAUUGCCUACUUCUUCCACAAUCCUAAGCCCUUUUUCACUUUGGCCAAGGAGUUGUACCCUGGCAAUUACAGGCCCAACUACUCCCAUUACUUCUUGCGACUCCUGCAUGACAAGGGGCUCCUUCUGCGUCUGUACACCCAGAACAUUGACGGGCUGGAAAGAAUUGCUGGGAUCCCUCUUGAUAAACUGGUGGAGGCUCAUGGCACCUUCGCCACUGCCACAUGUACCGCCUGUCGGAGAUCCUACCUGGGUGAGGACUUCAGGGGAGAUGUGAUGGCAGACAAAAUCCCCCACUGCCCAGUCUGCACUGGACUCAUCAAACCUGACAUUGUGUUCUUUGGAGAGGAGCUCCCACACCGGUUCUUCCUGCACGUGACAGAUUUCCCCAUGGCAGAUGUGCUCUUUAUCAUUGGAACCUCCCUCGAGGUGCAGCCCUUUGCCAGUCUGGCAGAUGCAGUCCGCAGCUCUAUUCCUCGUGUGCUGAUCAAUCGAGACCUGGUGGGACCAUUUGCGUACCAGCCACAGUACAAUGAUGUGGCCCUGCUGGGAGACGUGAUCAGUGGGGUGGAGAAGUUUGUGGAGCUGAUGGGCUGGAAGGAGGAGAUGCAGGAGCUAAUCCGGAGGGAAACAGAAAAGCUGGAUGCAAAAGACAACUAG